AUACACGUGGAACCCAUGGCGCGAAAACCCAUUGUUGGCGGCAACUGGAAAUGCAACCUCGACAAGGCUGGAGUCAGCGCUCUUGUCACUUCUCUCAAUGGCAUGGACUGCACUGACUGCGAGGUGGUUGUCGCUCCUGUUGCCGUGCACCUCGGCUCUGUCGUGGACAACGUCAAGGCCCCCAUUGAGGUUUCUGGACAGAACUGCAACUUCAAGGGCAAUGGUGCUUACACCGGAGAGGUCUCUGCCGAUCAGCUCGUCGACAUGGGUGCCAAGUGGGUCAUCCUCGGCCACAGCGAACGUCGUGAGUACUUCAAGGAGGACAACGAGAUGCUCCGCCAGAAGUUGGAGUAUGCGCUGUCCAAGGGGUUGAAGGUCAUCUUCUGCAUCGGAGAGAAGCUUGAGGAGCGCAACGCUAACAAGACUCUUGAUGUCUGCAAGAGCCAGCUCGAGCCGGUCAAGGAUCUCCUCAAGCCCGAGACUGUUGUCAUCGCUUACGAGCCUGUUUGGGCCAUCGGAACUGGUGUCACUGCUACCCCUGAGCAGGCACAGGAGACCCACAAGCAGAUCCGCGAUUACCUCGCCACCGUCAACGCUGACAUGGCCAGCAAGAUCCGCAUCCAGUAUGGAGGAUCUGCCAACGCUGCCAACGCUCCUACUCUCUCCGCUUGCCCCGACAUUGAUGGAUUCCUUGUUGGCGGUGCCUCCCUCAAGCCGGAGUUUGCUGAUAUCAUCAAGGCUAUCGCUGCUGCCAAGAAGUAAGCCUUGAAGCUCAGUACACUUAGCUGGCUACUUGAAGAGCAAGCGAGGUUCAGAUUUAGAUGGAUUACAGUGUUGGGCUAGUAAAGAGGGCUGGAUAUUUUCAUGAAUAUGCUCAUCUCGCAGUGGCGGGGAUUCG